UCCCCACAUAGAUUGCAAGCCAAACACACCAACUCUGUCUGCAGGGUCAGGUGAGGAUCGUCAGAGUGCGUUUUGAGAUUCUCUCAUCAUGAUUGUUAAGACCCUUUUUGACUACAUGGACCUUUCAAGUUGGCUGCUCUUGGGUUUUGCCUUACUCCUUUUGCUGGAUUUGGUGAGAAACAGAAGACCUCAUAAUUUCCCCCCUGGACCCUGGGCCAUGCCUUUUGUGGGAAAUAUCUUCACUGAGAUUAAUGACAAAUCACUAGCAAAGCUGGCUCAGGAAUACGGCCCUGUGUUCAGCCUGAGGAGAGGCAGCGACAGGAUGGUGUUUAUUACAGGAUACAAGACGGUCAAAGAGGCUCUUGUCACCCAGUUGGACAGCUUCAUUGCAAGGCCAAUCAUCCCCCUCUUCCACGUUACCUUCAAGGGAAUCGGUAUAGCAAUGAGUAAUGGAUACAUGUGGAAGAUACAAAGGAAGUUUGCAAACAUUCACCUGCGCCACUUUGGAGCGGGCCAAAGAUCUCUGGAAAAUUACAUCAAAGUAGAGAGCAACUACCUUUGUGAAGCCUUCAAAGAAGAGCAAGGAAGACCAUUCAACCCUCACUAUACAUUAACAAAUGCAGUGGGCAACAUCAUCGCCUCGGUUGUGUUUGGACAUCGUUAUGAAUACAACGAUAACAGCUAUCGCAGGAUCCUGGAGCUGGACAAUGAGGCUGUGUUGCUGGCUGGGUCAGCUAUUAGUCAGUUAUAUGACGUCUUCCCCGGAUUGAUGGAACAUCUGCCGGGACCUCACCAAACGAUCCACAGCAACUACAAACAGAUCGUGAAGUUCUUGACCGAAGAAAUAGAAAAACACCAGGAGGACUGGGACCCCGACAAUCCACGGGACUAUAUUGACGUAUAUCUUGCAGAGAUGGAGAAGAAAAAAGAUGAUCCCCAGGCUGGCUUCAACACUGAGGUGCUGGUGGUUUGCACCCUCGACCUGAUCGAGGCUGGAACGGAAACAGUUGCCACCACGCUGCGCUGGGCUCUCCUGUACAUGAUGCACUAUCCAGAGAUCCAGAAGAAAGUCCAGGAGGAGAUCGACAGGGAGGUUGGACAGUCUCGUCAGCCUGUCUUGGCUGACAGGCCAAACAUGCCCUACACUGACGCCGUCAUCCAUGAAGUCCAAAGGCAUGGAAAUAUUGUUCCUUUAGGAUUCCCCAGGAUGGCCAAUAAGGACACCACACUAGGAGGAUACUUUAUACCCAAAGGAACAGUUGUCGCUACCUCACUUGGAUCUGUGCUCUCUGACAAGAACGAGUGGGAAACUCCAGAGAAAUUCAAUCCUGAGCAUUUCCUGGAUUCAGAGGGCAAAUUCCUCAAAAGAGAUGCCUUCCUACCAUUUUCUGCAGGGAAACGGGUGUGUUUAGGCGAGCACCUGGCCAAACUGGAGCUGUUUCUUUUCUUUUCUUCGCUUCUCCAACGUUUCACUUUCUCUGCUGUUGAUGGAAAAUUGCCCAGCAUGCAGGCUGUGAUGGGUUUCACCUAUUCCCCACAAGAGUUCGAGAUGCUGGCCAUACCUCGCUAAAGCUAUGACCCCAGAACCUGAUCAAAGAGUGAUCAGAGUGAGUGGCAUUGCCAUGCCAUCUUUACACACACACACACACACACACACACACACACACACACACACACACACACACACACACACACACACAUACACGCAAGCACGCAUCAAAACAGUGUUCUCACCCGUCCUGGGCAGUAUGUCCUUCAAGCUCGGGUCCUCUACCAGAGGCCUGGGAGCUUGAAGGUUCUGUGCAGGAUCUUAGCUGUUCCUAGAAGUUGUACUCUUCUGUCCAGAACAGAUGUCAGAUGUUGUUCCUGGUAUUUCCUGGAGCCAUGCAUCCAGCUUGGGGGUUACUGCCCCUCGUGCCCCGAUCACUACUGGCACCACUGUUGCCUUCAGACCCCACAUAUUCUCCAGCUGCUCUUUCAGCCCUUGGUAUUUCUCCAGCUUUCCAUGUCCCUUCUUUCUGAUGGUGCUGUCCCUGAGGAUUGCUACAUCGAUCACUACUGCUCUCCUCUCAUGUUUAUCCACCACCACUAUGGCCAUCACCAGUUUGUCGCUCUGAAACUUGAAGCCCCACAGGAUCUUGGCUUGGUUGUUCUUCACCACUUUCAGGGAUGUGCUCUAUCCGGACUCUGGGGUCAACUAAAGCAUAAAGAUAGAUUAAACAAAAAACAAAUCCUUUACUGGAUUUAACAAAACAGAAGAAAACAAUACAGAGGAUAUGUCAACCCAUCAGUCAAACUAGUUUAUAGAUCACUUUUUGUUCAAAAAAUAAUUCAAAGUGAUUUACAUAUUAAAAAAAAUUAAUGAUAAUAUUAUAUGAUAAUGAUUUUUUAAUAUUAAAAAAUCCCCUGUGCUGACCCGACCUCCCACACCCAAAAGAAAACCCCUCAGUCUCUUUCGCUCUCCCAACAUUUUUUUAUAGACUUAAGCAAGGCCUUCGAUACCAUAGAUCACAUGCUACUUAUUAAAAAGCUUCAAAGGUUCGGUGUCAGAGGUAUUGCUGCAGCUUGGUUGACCAGUUGUCUCAGCAACAGAACACAAUAUGUGCAUUACAACAAUAUUGAUUCCUUAAAACUUCCUAUGACAUAUGGAGUUCCCCAAGGUUCUAUCUUAGGGCCUAAACUAUUCAAUAUGUAUAUAAAUGAUGUGCCAGAGAUAUUAGAUAAUGUUAAAUGUUUACUGUAUGCUGAUGAUACAGGCCUCUAUUGCUCUGGUAAUGAACUGCAUAGGCUAAUUGCAAUAAUAUAAAAUGAGCAUACCAUUUUAAAGGGAUGGUUCGAUUAUAAUAUGCUUUCUAUGAAUCUGAGUAAGACAAAAUAUAUUAUAUUUGGAAAUAACAAAAUUAAGAACAAAGUUAAUCUUAAAAUAAAUGAUUCUGUACUUGAGCGUGUUCAAGCUUGUACAUUUUUGGGGAUUAUAGUAGAUGAAAAACUUAGCUGGAAGCAGCAUAUAAAUACUAUGAAGUCUAGUUUAGCAAAAAACAUCGGUACAAUAGGUAGAAUGAAAUCUGUGUUAAAUCAAAACUCACUUAUGUUAUUAUAUAAUUCUCUUGUUCUUCCAUAUCUUAAUUAUGGAGCGGAAAUAUGGGGGAAUAAUUAUAGAGUAUACACUGACCCUAUCUUUUUACUUCAAAAAAAGGCAAUAAGAAUUGUCAGUCAUGCUGAUUAUUACACACCAUCAAAUUCAAUUUUUUCUGUGUUAAAAACAUUAAAAAUAUAUGAUAUUAUUGAUCUUAACACCCUAACGGUGAUAUAUAGGGCAUACAACAGUAAUCUUCCAAACUGUAUCCAAAAGAUGUUCAAACUUAGAGAAAGUUGCUAUAAUCUUAGAGGUACUUGCAUAUUAAAUAAAAAUAGAGCAAGAUUAAACAAGAAACGGAGAUGUAUCUCUGUAAUUGGUGUAACCAAGUGGAAUAAACUAGAUGAUAGAACAAAAACAUGUAAAACUCUGAAAACAUUUAAAAAGCGGUACAAACAAAUAGUUCUUGAAAAAUACCAGGAAUAACAGUUUCCAAAAUGUUUGUGUAACCACCUUGUCUUUAUGAACACUGCGGAGGCUCCAGAUCUGGGCAGGUUUUUUAGAUUUGUUUUGGGUGGAGAUGUCUGGUUUUGCUUAGUUUGGGAUGGGUUCGCUUGGGUAUUGUAUUUCAUCGGGAUGGAGGGGCUUGGUUUGAGGGGGGAGGUUCUCUGGAAUCGGGAGGGUUUUCACUUGUUCUAUUAGCAGAAUUUUUUUCUUGAAUCAAGAUACUUUUACUUUGAAAUUGGUGAAGAAGUCUGCCGGUGGGGGUUUUCUUGGUUUCGGAGGGUUGUCUCUUGAUUCGGGUGUUUUUAUCUUGGUGGGAUGUGAUGUUUGGGUGUAUUUAUCUUGGAUCGGGUACGGUGAGACGUUUUCGCUCGGGGCGGGUUUGGGAAGCUUGCUCAGAUUUGGAGUUUUUGCAGUGAACUAGUUCCUCCUUGAGUUCUGAAUAGAUAUUGUGAAUCUUUUUUUUUCUUCCCUUUCCUCUUGUCUCCAUUUAUUUAUCAUUUCCAGUAAUGUAGAAACUUUACUUUAUGAAAAGGGUUAGGCAAUAUAAGUUUUUACUUCAGCCUAAACCCUUGGUCGCAGAUAAUGAUGAUGAUGAUGAUCAAUGAAUGAUUGAUAUUGUUUUGUAUUUUUGACAUAAUUCUGUAUGUUAAUCUAUAAUCUGCUGACCAAAUAAUAAUAAUAAACUAAAACUAAACUAAAUGAAACAUAGCUGGUCACACUACAGCCCCUUAAACUUUUGCUACUGUCAUAACAGUGCGGCACAUUUGAAACUCUUCAAAUGUGCCGCACUAUUAAAAUCACAAAUCUGUCCUUCAAUGGAAUUUUUCCAUUCAGGAUGAAAGACUCAAACAUAACACAGACGGUGAGAACUGAUGUGUGAUAAAGUCAGUUCUUACAUAUGUGUAUGGGAAAACCUUCUGGGAUCUGAUCAUCAUUUCUCAGAUUUGUACUCAAAAUGACUUUUCUCCUUGUAGUGUUGACCAGUUCUCUGACUGACAGACAGCUGAGGAUUGUUAAUAACUGUGACUGGCAUUUGCCCCUAAUAACAGUAGAAAUACAAGCCAAAGUGUAGGAAUAAUUUCAGCGCCUGUUUAAACUGUCAAGUCAUUGAAACCAAGUUUAUAAAUGUUUGUCAAUGAACUAUCAAAGUCUACCUUCAUUUUAUCAAGCUUGCUUUAAUAUAGUCUGAACAAAACAUGUUGCUUUUAGUCUUUGUGACUCAAAUAUUUGGGCUAAGAUACCAGAAAAUAUCAGGUCAGCCCUUUUUAUGAAAAAGAGUGAAAUUGGGUUUGCUAAUCCCAUUUUAAUACUGUAUGUCACUACAUUAACGAUCUACGUUAUGCUGCAAUAUAUCCCGAGCUGUUUUUCUGCACUUUCAGAAUUUACAUUUCUUAUUUUCACAGAACUUUCUAUAUUUUUGAUUAUGCUUUUUCUAUUUGCCUUCCCACCCUUCUGAUAGUCUCAAUGUGUUUGCUGCUGUCAGUAUUUGUGUUCGUAGUUGUGGACACACACACACACACACACACACACACACACACAACUCAAAUCUGUCAAUGCAAGUUUCCAUUGUAUUGACUCUGAAUUUCAACAUUUUGUGGCACCACUGUAUCUGUAAACCAGAGGGAUAAGACGUGUGUCCAGUGGCGGUCCAAUUUCAUCAUCACUGUGAUAUUUUUCAGCCGUUUGUGUAAACAUAUUAUCUGAGGCUGCACUUGUAUUUACAUAACUUUUCUGGCUUCAACUCGUUUAUUAUUAAUAUAUCAGUUUGAAUAGACUCUGGUGACAUUUGUGUCUAAGCAGGAUGGUGAUUGUAUACAUAAAACUAUGUUGUAAUGUGUAUUGCAUCUGUGAUUGUUGUGAAUGUUGAUUCAUUGUAAAUUUCCCCUUGUGGGACAAAUAAAGGAUUUUCUAUUGUA